UUAAUUGACCGUACCAGAGACGGACCAACGAGAGAAACAAUCCGACUGUCACGGAUUCUUAACGGUAACUGAUUUAAUAACGGAUUCGCCGCUUACUUACUUUACAAAUAUUUACCCGGCAGCGACUGUCCGGUCACAUUGAAUAUUUUUCGCUCGGAUCUAGGGCGCUCUUCGUGUCUGGCGGUACGCUACAGGCAGCAAUAACAAUGGCUUCUGGGUCACCGUCGUCCUCCCCGGACACUGCGACGGGCUCAGGUACAGACCCAGCCCGGCCCGACACAGGCGAGCCCCUCGGCGGAGCAGGCUCAGACUCCGACUCGGACCUGGGUUUGGGGAAAUUUGACUGCAGUGCCGUGGAAAUGGGGGAGCGGCUGGAGGGAGAGGAGCUGGUGAGCGAGUUUGAGUCGGCAACCGACCGCGUACGAGAUCUGGUCCAGACUGCCAGCAGGGACCAGCUGCUGUAUCUGUAUGCUCGCUACAAACAGGUCAAAGUGGGAAAGUGCAAUACAACAAAGCCUGGCUUCUUUGACUUUGAAGGACAGAGAAAAUGGCAAGCCUGGAAGCAGCUUGGAGAUAUGGAGGCAGAGCAGGCAAUGCAGGAGUACAUUUCCUGUGUCAAUGUGUUAGACCCUGAAGGCAGCACGAAGGAAAGACAAGGAGCAGAAAGGAGAACAGGCUUCGGAGGAGCAGCGGUCAGCUCUCUAUACCAGGAAGAGAUGAUCAGGGAAGAGGAUAAGAACAUCUUUGACUUCUGCAGAGAAAACAACAUCGACCACAUCAGUAAGGCCAUCGGCUCCCAGAAAGUGGAUGUCAAUACUAAAGACGAAGAGGGCCGAGCUCUCCUGCACUGGGCCUGUGACAGAGGACACAAGGAGCUGGUGUCUGUAUUACUGCAGCACAAAGCAGACAUCAACAGUCAGGACAAUGAAGGACAAACGGCACUACAUUAUGCAUCUGCGUGUGAGUUCGCUGAAAUCGUGGAGCUUCUGCUUAACGCUGGAGCCGACCCGUCCAUCAAAGACAUGGAGGGCUCGCUCCCCGAGGAGGUCACCGAAUCCAGCACCAUCUCCUCUCUCCUUCGCCAGCACACUGCUCCGAAAGGCUAGACCCCCUCCACCCGCCCACCGCCCGAGUCCUCAUCUCGUCCCACGCUCCACUCAUUUGCCUGGCUGCCCUACCAUCCCUCCUUCAUUCCUGAAAAGACUCUGUUCAACCCCAGCAGGUAGUAGACCAGGACUGCAGAAGUUUUAUUUGAUUUUAUUUCCAAAUACUUCUGUUGAGUUUAAUUUAAUUGACUUAGCUUCUUGGAACUAAGGGUGUAAACGUUAGCCUUCCCAAACGAUAAGACACAACAGCACAUCUCAUAUAAGACACAGAAUGAAACGGACCGCAUAGACUUUCAUCCAUUUAAAAUAAUAUAUAUAUUGACUUUAUCUGCCCAGUAGGUUUGGGUGAUAUUGUGAUUAUUGCGUGGGGAUCAAGGCCUGUCAGCUGGUAGGUACUUUGCUUUACUGAAGUAGCUCAACCUUGAAUUAUCUCUUGUUGUAUGAGGCCAUUACAAGCAAUAUUGCAAAUCAAUGUGCAGGACUGCUAAUUGGCAAAAUUAGAAAGAUUUGUGCAUAUGAUGAAGUAUCUAGUUUUGUCUGGUACUGAAGUCAUUGGAGGAACUAAAAACAGACUUUCCCAUUUACUUAUAUCAUCCAUAAACAAAUACAAUUCUAGGAAAUUCAUGAUAUUAGAAUAUUAAUCGUUAUCACAUUAUAAAAUGGUGUAUACCGUAAAGAAGAUUUUCUACAUAUCACUCCCACGUACUGUGCAGGUAUGACAACCAGCCAGGCCUUUAAGCAUGAGUCAACUCUCAACAGGUUACGUUAUUUCAGAUCUUUUCAUGAUUCAGUUGUGUUAUGUUCCAAGGAAUGCUUUAAUUAUUUGACAUAUAUUAUCAUUAAAGUCUUCAACAAAUCAGA